AUGAAAGUAAGCAUUUCAAUUGGUUGGUUCAUUACAGGCAUUGUGUCCCUGAUCUCCCUGGCUGUCCUGUCCUAUGAACGCUACAGCACUCUCACCCUGUGCAACAAGCGCCGUGCUGACUACCGGAAGGCAUUGCUGGCAGUUGGUGGUUCAUGGAUUUAUUCUCUGAUCUGGACUGUGCCACCUCUGAUCGGCUGGAGCAGUUACGGGGUAGAAGGUGCGGGUACAAGCUGUUCAGUACGCUGGUCCUCAGAGUCAGCCGAGUCCACAUCCUAUAUCAUCUGUCUCUUCAUAUUCUGCUUGGUCAUCCCUGUGAUGGUAAUGAUGUACUGCUACGGUCGCCUCCUUUAUGCUGUUAAACAGGUUGGAAAAGUCCACAAGAAUGCUGCCCGCAAAAGAGAAUACCGCAUACUGUUCAUGGUGAUCACUACAGUUAUCUGUUAUCUCGUGUGUUGGAUUCCCUAUGGAGUUAUAGCAUUACUUGCAACAUUUGGUAAGCCAGGUGUGGUGACUCCAGUUGCAAGUGUCAUACCUUCCAUCCUAGCAAAAAGCAGCACUGUUUGCAAUCCCAUUAUCUACAUACUUAUGAAUAAGCAG